GGAGACUGUUCUUUCAUAAGAUUCUCUCUCUGAUAUCUUUGUGGGUGUACUCAGCUCUCUCAAUCUCUCUCUGAUCUUAAACCUGCUGCAUCAUAGAUCUUUGUAUAUUUUGCAUGUUUCCAAUUCCAAACAAACCAAGAAGAAUAAGGCUAGGAAUAGAUCUAGAUUCUUGCUGAUCUUCAUGUGCCUUGUGAUAUGGAAGUAGGACGCAAUAAUACUUGGAAUGAUGUAUUUGAGUGGGUGAAGCCAGCCAUAUUAAUGGUGGUGGCUCAGCUUCUAGUUGCGGGUGGGAACAUCUUUUACAAACUGGCUGCUUAUGAUGGAAUGAGCUUGAGGGUUAUUGUUGCCUAUCGCUUCAGUUUCGCUGCUGCUUUUGUUGUCCCUAUUGCUCUCCUUGUUGAAAGGAAAAGUAGACCAAAACUGACUUGGGCAGUACUCUUUCAAUCGUUUCUUACCGGAUUAUUCGGACAAUCAUUAUAUCACAAUUUAUUCAUUGAGAGCUUGGCAUUGACAUCAGCAACGUUUGCUUCAGCCAUGACUAACAUCAUUCCUGCCAUUGCCUUCAUGCUGGCCGUCUCCUUUGGGUUGGAGAGGCUGGGACUGGGGACAACUGCAGGGAAGGCCAAAGUGUUGGGAACAUUGAUGGGAAUAGGUGGGGCGAUGCUUCUCACUUUCUAUAAAGGUCCAGAAAUCAACAUUUGGUUAACUAAUGUUAACCUUUUGCGUCAAGAUAGUAGCCAACAUCAAAGCCGCGGACAUGACUCGACAACCCUGGAACCUGAAAACCGCCUAUUGGGUUGUAUAUUGGCUUUAGGAAGUUGUCUGUCUUAUGCCACUUGGUUAAUAAUUCAGGCUAAAAUGAUGGAGAAAUAUCCAUGCCACUACUCAAGCACAGCUCUCAUGUGUGUAAUGGGAUCAAUCCAAUCAGUUGUUUUCGCCCUGUGUUUGGAAAGGGAUUGGAGCCAAUGGAAGUUGGGCUGGAAUAUUAGGCUACUGACAGUGGCUUACUCGGGAAUCUUUGGCUCUGGAAUAAUGGCAAUUUUAAUGAUAUGGUGUCUACGCAUGAGGGGCCCUCUAUAUACAUCCAGCUUCAACCCAUUAAUGCCGGUUUCAGUUGCCAUCAUGGGGUCUUUACUACUGGAUGAAAAGUUGCACCUUGGAAGCAUUAUAGGAGCCGUGAUGAUUGUGUGCGGAUUAUAUUCGGUGUUGUGGGGUAAAUACAAAGAGAUCAUCAUGAAGAAGAAGAAGGUUGUAAGUACGACGUCGAAUCAUCAUCAUGAUCAAAUCAAUAUAUCACCUGAAAAUUAAAGCUCCCCAGAUGAUCGAUCAACGAACAUUAAUCUGAACUAAUUAAUGGCCGAUUGAUCGAUCACAAGUCGUUGGAAAAAGGUGGAACAGGAAGAAAGAAAGCAAAGAAAUACAUGAGAAGAUUGAUAUAGUAAGUUUGCAUGAAAGCUCGCAUUGGAUUAAUCAUUUCAUGAGCUCAUGUCUUUUUCCCUCUGAUCUGAAAAAACAAGUAAAUGUCUAUGUAAUGGGAUAUAAAUUUUGAUGUAUAUCAAUUAAUUUAGUGUGUUAUUUGAGCAUAAUGAAAUUAUGAAUAUUUUUGUUUUUAAGAAA